CGCCCCCAGAUGGAAACUCCCUCCCCAGAUCCUACCACAAAUAUUACAUGAGUGGGGGAAAAGAAGGGCUGAGAAAGUAGAGCAGAGCUCCAGCAGCCAACUGAAACCCCCCCCCCCCCUUCCUCCACUCGAUGGAGCUCGGCUCUCUGUUUUUCUGGCAUGCCUGCAUACCUUUCGCCGGAGGAAUCUGUUUGAGCAGCUUGCACAAGAGCCACGUCCAGGCUUGUGGCCACAAGCCUCACAGCUGAUUGCAUCACAUCCGAGAGACUCGGUCUACCACCAAGAAAGCUUUAGGUGAGUCAAACCCUGAGCAGGAAACAGGAAGUACAGAGUGCCAUGAGAACGAGGGAGGAAACCGGAGGGCUAUGGCACAGCGUCUGAGUUUGACGGCGCCGAGGGCCAGAGGAGGGACAGGGAGAUGACCCCGCUGCUGUUGCUGGGACUGCUGGUGGCCGCGCUGGCUGGGAGAGGCGCAGGUUAUCACUUAACAAAGGAAGCAAAGCGUUUCGAAACAGAGAGGGUGACCGCCGAGACGGACUCUCCCACCGAAAGCCCCGAAUACGGCCCAGACGUCACUGCAGAGAGCUCUCCGAGUGAAGACACUGACGACACUGAGACAGAAUCCGGAAUUGAACCAGAGGGGUCCUCAGGAGAUGGUGAAAGUAUUGCUGCUCGAGAUGAAUCAUUUCAAACUGUCGGAGAUGUUGAAGCAUCUGAGCAUGAGACCGAGGACCAUAUGCCCCCCUACAUGAUUGCUGUCCCAGCUGUGCUGGUGGCCCUAAUAAUCGCAGUGAUCGUCGCAUUUGUGAUCACCCGAAGGAGGCAGAAAAACAAGACCCCCCCUGCCGACGUGAGAGAGGAGGAGUUUUUGGCCGGUUGUGAUGAAAAGAUACCGACGCCUAGGUUUGAGGAGGACAUUCCCUCUGUGCUAGAGCUGGAGAUGGAGGAUCUGGAUAAAUGGGCAGUAAAGCAGGACUCUGGAGGUACUGCUACAGAUUCUGGGAGGGAAAGCUAAAUGUGACUCCAGUGCAGAGUCUGGUUCUUCGUGGGAAACCGGGCGCGCCGUCUUCAAGAGCUCCUGUUUGGGACGCGCUAGUACCCAGCUAAGGAUAUUGAGGCUGAAGUUUCACCGCUUCAGUCGGGCCCCGGCGCAUACCGAAGAACCUGAGCCCAGCCAGUACACGUUCUGAAUACUGGGGAGCUUUCUGUGUUUGUUUUGCUUAGCUUUCGUGUGUCUUCCAGGAAAGAUCCUUUUUCUCUCCUGUCAAUCCAGCGUUUUGGGUGACUUGAGUUUUACAUGCCCUUAUGUACAGCUCGAUAUUUGCUAAGGCAGUUCAUGUUAAGGGUACGAAAAGGAGCGCUCCCGGCACGAUUCCGUCAAGGUCCGCCGUCUUUGCAUGCCGUUAAAUAUUUGCAUAAUUUCAGUUGCUGUCCAGUUGAAUUGUCAUAUUUGUUUUGUCUUUGUGCAAUGUUUACUUCACAGCAAAAUCCUCAGGGCAGUUACGACCUCUUCUGGUACAAAAAAAGACCAUUAGCAAGUUAGUUAAGGAGUCUUCAAUUGUGCGGCUGCCCUGAAAUGCAGUGUCUGAAUCAGUAGAAUGUAGUGUUUGAA